AUGAGCUACUCGUCUAACCGUCACCACUUCAGAAGUGGCACCGGUUCCUCGACGUCCUCGCAGACGGAAGUCAGGACUUCGCGUCGGCAAACCGCGAUUAUUGAUGUCGAGGACCAGCGUGAGAUUCACCGCUGGACGUAUGAACCUCGUCAGGAGGGGGAUUACCUCGACGAGCAAGAUCUCGAGCACCGCCGCCGUCGAAGCCCGACCCCGUCUCAUGUGAGUGAUCCGCCGGUACUUCACGUCCUAGCUGAACGUAACCCUGUCAUUAUUUCGCAGUACGAGACCGACUGUGAAAACCCCGAGUACAGGUUUCUUCUCGCCUCAGAUGUCAGACGUCAGGUCCGCCAGGCUCCUUCGUACCAUGGUGGAAAUCGCGGCUAUCCCCAUCAGUACUUCAAUCGCGAGAGACUCCCUGUCCGAUCCGAAGCUCCUCGCUACGAGCAUCCCAUCAUGCCAAGUCCGGGUGAGGGUAGAGAGCUCGACAACUGGAGACCUGGACUUAUACCGGGACCCGUCAGGGCGAUCUAUAACGAAGAUGACCGCACCGUCUUCGAGGUGGGAUACCACGAGCGUAGUGCCGCACCAAGUGGACCGCACGUCGGUGCGAGACAGAGUAAUACCCCGUUUAGGCUCGCCAGGUACCAUCCAACUGUUGACUACAGGGAUGAAGAUGAGAACAGGCGCUCGUAA